AGGCAAGCGGGAAAUCUGUUACGGUCACGUGAUACGAGCAUCAGGGCCAACAUGGCGGCGAGCUGGAGGUCGUAGCUUAGAAACCAGCAUCCUCCCCGAUAUACAAAGGCGUCUAUCUACUUUUUUUCCCCAGCUAGUUUCGUGUCAGUGUCCAGCUCUCGAAGAGGCACGAUGCCGGGGAAAGAAGGCGACCACUUCAAACCCGGAGACCUCGUCUUCGCCAAGAUGAAGGGCUACCCUCACUGGCCGGCCAGGGUCUGUAAAUCAGAGGACGGCUACAAGAAGCGAGUCCCCGUCUACUUCUUCGGGACCCAUCAGAUUGGCCACGUCCCGCCCGAGAACGUCGUCCCUUUCGUUGGCAACAAGAUGAAGUACGGCAGCGGCGUCCGGAUCAAGGGCUUCUCUGAGGGAAUGUGGGAGAUCCAGAACACGCCCGGAGUCGGCAGCAAACUCAAAGUCCUGGGAAAGGCCAACACCCAGACUUCCACACCUGCUAAACCAACUUCUACCCCUAGAGCUUCACCUGCUAAACCAACUUCUACACAUGCUAAACCAACUUCUACCCCUAGAACUACACCUGCUAAGCUAACUUCUACACCUGCUAAACCCACUCCUACACCUAGAGCUACACGUGCUAAACCAACUUUAGAACCUAGAGCUCAAAAAGACAAACUUAUCGCUGCCUCCACCCCGAGUAAACCUGAGCCUGGCAGACGUAAUCCGCCCAAAGCUACACCUGAAAAGGAAACCUCUGUUAAAACCUCUACCAGAGCUUCUAGGUCGGCUCCAGAGAAAACUGCUGACUCCAGUGAGACUCCGGCUCCAGAGCCUGAUGCUACGACCACAACGAGAAGCAGAAGGUCAGCGAGAGGCGUUUCAUCCUCAGUGGAGGAAACGAGUAAAGCUACAGAGAAUGAAAAAGAGACGGAAACAAACAAAACCUUAGAGACUCCAGACAAAAAGACGACAGCUGUCAAUAAAGCUGCAGAAAAAGAGGACGGUUCAACCUCUGGAGACACGAGUCCGACCAAGACCAAGACCAAGACCAAGACCAGGACCAGGACCAGGACCAGGACCAGGGGCAGACCAGCAGAUGAGAAGAUCGAGGAGGAGACGACAACAGAGAGACGAGUGUCCAAGAGAAAGACAGAGGAAAUAAAGACGAGAAAGGAAGAGAAAGAAGAACAGAAGGAGGAGAAAAGAGAGGAUGCAUCAGAAGAAAAGACGACCGCAGAGAGACGAGUAUCCAAAAGGAAGACGGAGGAAGUAAAGACGAGGAGGGACGAGAAGGAAGAACAGAAGGUGGAGGACGUGAAGAGGAAAAGACGAGAGGACGAUGAAGGAAAGAAAGAGGAGAAGACGAGGAAGGAUAGAGUGGAAAGAAGGAAUGAAACGAGAGAAGAAGAAGAAGAAGAAGAAGAAGAAGAAGAAGAGAGCCAGGGAACAAAGAGGAAGAAAGAGGAGGGGGAGGAGGAGGAAGAGGAGGAGAAGAAGAAGAAGAAAAGAGGAGAAAAGAAAGAGACGGAAAAGAAGACAACGGAGAAGGAGGACGACGAGCGGCAGCGCCACCUAGCGGCUAAGAGGGAGAGUGUGUUGAGGUCCCUGAGGGGUCUGCUGAAGGACGGGAGGCCGGUGAGGAGGAGGAGGAGGGAGGUCCAGACCAAGAGCUCCCAGAAAACCACGGACAGAGAGAAGAAGAAGAAAAACAUGACGACAUCAUCAGCAGAGAAGAAGAAGAACAGGAAGGAAUUAACGAACAAGGUCGUCAGGAAAACGAGUGUGAGAGUCAGCGCAGAGAAAACGACGGAGGAGAAGAAGGAGGAGGAGGAGGAGAAGGAGAGGGGCGUGUCCAGCCAGAGGACGAAAGACACCAAGUCUGAGGAGACGAAGGUUGAGAAAGAAAAGAAAGAAGAAGAAGAAGAAGAGAAGAGCGACGAAACGAAGCAGCAGAAAGACGAGAGAAAAAUCAUUGGAAAGAUUGUGAAGGCGACGGCGGGACGAGGCCCAAAGGUCCUGGUCAAGACCAUGAUGAUGGGAGGAGCCACGACCAUGACGGUGGCAGCGCUGGAAGAGAAGAAGAAGAAAGAGGAGGACAAAAAGGUGGAAGAGAAGAAGAAAGAGGAGGAUAAAAAGGUAGAAGAGAAGAAGAAGAAAGAAGAGGAUAAAAAGGUAGAAGAAAAGAAGAAGAAAGAUGAGGACAAAAAGGUGGAAGAGAAGAAGAAAAAAGAUGAGGACAAAAAGGUGGAAGAGAAGAAGAAAGAUGAGGACAAAAAGAAGAAGAAGAAAGAGCAGGAUAAAAAGGUAGAAGAGAAGAAGAAGAAAGACGAGGACAAAAAGGUGGAAGAGAAGAAGAAGAAAGACGAGGAUAAAAAAGCAGAGAAGAAGAAGAGUCUGGAGGAAGGAAAGAAAGGGAACCCUGAAGAGAAGUCUGAAGAUGAGAAGGUGAGGAGAAGAAAAGACAAGAGUGUGAGUGAGGAAGAGGAGGAAGAGAAGAAGAAGAUGAAGAAGAAGGAAGAGGAGGAACCACAGAAGAAGAAGACAAGACAAGAAGAACUGAAGGGUGAGAAUUCUCAAUGGCGGGAGAAGAAAGACGAGAAAACGCAGGCGAAGGCAGAAAAGAAAACACCGGCCACCACCGAAGAAGAACGAGGGACGACCAGAGAAGAAGAAAAAUCUCAGAAGCAGAAGAAGAACUCCAACCUGACGCUGACGGAUUCGACUCUGCACCGGAUCCACGGAGACAUCCGCAUCUCUCUGAAGUCAGACAACCCGGACGUCAGCAGGUGUCUGGCAGCGUUGGACCAGCUCAGUCUGGUUUAUGUGACGUCUCAACACGUCCAGAAACACAGCGAGCUCAUCGCCACCCUCAGAAAGAUGCGAUACUACCGGGCCAGCCAGGCCGUCAUGGACAAGGCCUCCAUGCUCUACAACCGCUUCAAGAACGCCUUCCUGGUCGGGGAGGGCGAGGAGGUGGUGAGCGCCGCCUUCCUCCGCUCUCUGCUGGAGGAGAAGGAGAAGGAGGAGGCGCAGAGGGUGGAGAGGCUGAGGAGAGGAGGAGGAGGAGAAGGAGGAGGAGAAGGGACACGUGGGACAGGUGAAGGAAACGACGAGGACGGACGAAGUGGAGUCUCCCUUAACACACUGAAGCUGCCUGGACUGUACCAACUCUAAUCUGUGGGUGUGUGGACCUGAAGCCACACCCCUCCACUACGCAAACACACACAAUAGCAUCUUCCAGAACCUUUAACCUCACUCAGCAGUGAACAUGUACCGGAAGUUAUCUGUGUUUUAUUAUUAUUAUUUUUUAUCAGGCAGCUUGUGGUUGUUGUUGUUUUUAUUUAAGUUGAGAACAUCAUGUCUCCUAUUAAUCUCUUCCACUUUUGUUUUUAUUUUUCUGCCCUCUUCAUCAAGUCCACGCAUUAGCAUUAGCAUUAGCAUUAGCUGUCUUCUUAAACUGACCUCGACCAGCAUUAAUCCGGAGAAGUGUCUCCUAUAUGCUUUUAUUUUAUUUUUUAUUUUGUUCCUGUAUUUCUUAAUUACACGGUCGGUCCUCACGUUCCUCCGUGGAUUCAGGUCUGAAGUCAAACUGCAGCGCUAACCCUUCCUUUUUUAUUACCUAACAUCUCUUGAGUCUUUACUCACGAGUAAAAUAUUCAACAUUAAAGUCGACCUGAUCGGUGCUGAUAGGAAAUAAAAUCCUUUUAAUCAUUUAAACUGGAGCAUUACAUCGUUAAACUGUCAAAGCUGCUCAGUAAUUUUGUGAAACUUUGUACAGAGAGAUUUUUUAUUGACGUCUUUUUUUUUAAUUAUUAUUUUAUUUUGUUCUGUUUUUACCUGUGUUGGUUGUUGACUACAUGUAAAUAUGUUUUUUUUUUUUUUUUUGAUUUUUACCUGAUUUCACAAAAACAAGAUUGUUUUAUGAACCUUAAAAAACGAGUCUGGCGUCUGAUUGUUUCUCUGAUAAGAACCAGAAAUUUACUGUAGUUUGUAAUAUUCAAAAGAUUAAAGAUUCAGAAGACACUGAUGCUACUUUACUGGGAUAUGGGCGGCGCCAUCUUAUGAGUUUGAAGCCCCAGUCUGAGGGCGGAGCCACAAUAUUGAUGCCCCGCCCACACGUCCUCCAGACUCACUAGUGUCUUUUACACUCUGCUGUACCUCCACGGAGGAAAUGUUGGAUUAAACUGUUUCAAAAGC